AGAGAUUCAAAGGAUCGACUUGCAAAUGAAAAUUGAAACUUUCAAGUUUUCAUGAAAAGAAAGUAGCUUUUAAGCUCAGAUUAAAAUAAUCAAAAGUGAAUAUUAAUUUUUGAAACUUCAAAUCCAGAGUGAUUAAUUAAAACGAGAAACAAGUGGUUUAAUUCAUUUAUUUAAAACAAGAAAGAAAAUCAAAAUAUUCCUGAAUGUAAGAGAAAACAGUCAUAAUUCAAAAUGAUAUAAGAAACUGAUCGUAAAAUCGACUGAAAGUCUUCUUUUCAUGAUGAUUUAAUGAAACAUAAAAAGUACGUUUGAAAGAUUGUCAAAUAUCAUGGAGCGUUGUAGAAACAAACUACAAAAUUGGAUAUUUUGUUCCUUAGUAAUUGGAGGAUUUUUAAUUGUGUGGAUACCACAAGUGUCAGCGGAGUGCCAAACACGUUCAAUAUACUGUUAUGAAUGCGAUUCAUGGACUGAUGAACGAUGUAAAGAUCCAUUCAACUAUACGGCACUACCACGAGACCAGCCCCCACUAAUGACAUGCAAUGGAUGUUGUGUAAAAAUGGUUCGACACGCUAAAAGUCCAUAUGAAGUCGUACGAAGGUUGUGUACGUCACAAUUGCAGAUAAAUUUGUUCAUGGUUGAUCACGUGUGUAUGCAGGAAAGUUCUGGAAAUGGUCAUAUGUGCUUCUGUGAGGAUGAUUUAUGCAAUAAAGGCACUAGAACGUUAUUAUUUUCUGAUAAUUUUAUUAUACUAAGUCUCUUAACGACAUUAAUACUCAAAAUACUUCUAAUGAGAAAUAGUUAAAAAGGCUUUAAAUUAAUACAUUUAAUAAUUAUUAAUUGAAACUACAGAAUUUUUACUAAACAAGCAAACAAAUUGGCUACUAAAACAAAAUUUUGAUCUCAAACUUUUUUUCUAAAAUAAAACAAUAAAAUAAAUUCGCAUGAAUUAAUUAAGAAAAUUUGAAGAUGAUUCAAAGCCAGAAUGCAGCAGAAUUAAUCUCUUAAUUUUGCAAAGUUUGCAUGUGAAUGGUAGAGAGAAAGAAAGAAAAGAAAUGGUGAAAGUUAAAAAAAGUUGUUUAGACACUUGAAAGCUCUUGACCCUUAAAAAGCACACGAAACUUUCAUUCAUUCAUUGAUCGCGUCGUCAUUAUUUACUUGUCGUCAAUAAAGUCCAUCCAUUUCUAGUUAGUUUAAUUAUUUAUAUUGCACGAAUUAUCUUGAGAAUCCAUUAGAUAUUUAUGGAAUGACUCGAAUUCAUUCAAAUGACUUUUAAUUUGAUACUCAGCAAUCGUUAAGUUGCUUUCAUUUUUCACAUGAUUAUAUUGCUUGAUUAUAAUCCAUUCUUAUUUAAAAUAAGAUUUUGAGAUGAAGGAACUUUGCUCAUAUCAAAGAUUUUCUUAAUCCAAGAAUGACGUCACUUCGGAAUUGUGUGAAAAUUUCGCUAAUAUCAGUAAAAUUUUAUAAAAUCAAAACAUUUACAGAAAGGAAUAUUAAGAAUUUUUAAUAAUACAUCAAGCAUUAGAUGUUAAAUAAUGUUAACUGAAUGUAUUGGACAGUCCAGCAAAUAUAUCAAUAUAAAAUUUUAUGGGGAAAUGUGGCAUAGAUUUUCAAAAGGUGCCAUCAAAUGUUUGAAAAACAAAAAUUGAAGAAUGAAAAUGUUUCGAGAAAUUUAUUUUGUGGCGAUUUUUUAGAUUUUUCACAAGAAUAAAGUUUUUCUUGCAAUGAAAAUUUUGACUUUCAUUUCAUAUUAAAAAAAAGUUAUUAUGAGUGUUGUAACUUUUAACUCUACAACUUAAUUGUACAUAAUUUGACAGCAACAUUUAUUGAGAAUGAAUUAUUAUGAUUUUUAAGAUCUCUCUGUCGACAAGUUGUUAUCAACAUGAUCAAAAUCUCAAUUAAUGUAAAUUGUGCUUCUUCACAUGCUUAAAAUUCAUGUAUCUACACAUGUUGCACGGC